AUGUCUUCAGUUAAACUGAAUCUGGACGUGGACGAUGUGUCAGAGGUGGACAUCACGCUGAUGACACUAAGGAAGCCGACAGAGCUGAGGAAAGUCAUAGAAUCCGUACCGAAGCCGGUGAGGGCCGUGCCGAAGAACGGUCUACCGAUGUGGUACCGACUGGGACUGGAGUGCAAGCUUCCCGUACCAAAGAUGCCGCAGGGAAAGAUUGUGUUCUCGCGCGGGAAAAUCGGCGAAGAUGUACGGAGGCUUUCGCGCGAUAAAACGUCAGGAGCCCGCAUAGCGCUUACACCGCCGCACACGUGGUACGCGACCGCCCGAUUGUUUGGGGUUCGUCGCCUCGGGCUAGGGAGCGGUGGCCCUCGUCCGACCUUCGACCUGAACGACCCCUACUGCAACAAUGUCACGUACGAUUACGUACCGAUGCACGAUCCCCACCUGGCGCAUCAUUUCGCCCAGAAGCCGGCGCGUUGCAGAAUGAAGCAGCUCGGUUUCUGCACGAAAGACGGCAGGGCCGUGUGCUCCCUGAAGGAGUUCAACCAAGUACAGAAAGACGAACGUGCCCGUGAUGAUCUGACACUGAAACGCGUGGAAGUGGACGUUCUACGUCGUCUGCAGGCGUUCACCAGGGCGGAGAGGGCCCGUGAGCAUUUGGAGCGAAUCGCCCAAGAGCACGCGGACGAGUGGGCCGAGAAGAGGAGACUGGCGAAAGAGCAAGAAAAGAAGAUCCGCAUGAGGAUGCAGUACCUCGCCGAGUUCAAUGAGAAACAGCGCACAGAGAGAGCUGCUCGUGCGCGUGAGAAGGAAAACAGAAUCAAACAGAGGGUUCAGGCGGCGGCGGAGAUGGAGCUAAGGAGGAAGAUCACGAUGGUGCGGCUGUGGCGUACGAACGAGAGGAAGCGGCUGAACAGGCUUAAGCAGGAGAGAGAAAUGAAGGAGAAACAAAAAGAAGACCAGGCUAACAACAAAUGGAUGGCCCGAAUUGACGCCCAAAAUAUGAAGAUCCAAGAGGAGGCUAUUUUACUGAAACUUUAUACAGAGGACAUGAGGGCCGGAGCUUCAAAGAGGGCUAAGAAAGCCGAAAUCUACGCGUAUAAUAACGACCUGGAACUGCAACGCAUACGUCUCGCCAAUUGGAAACUGUUGCACGGUGGGGACGUGAAAGCGGCGAAGCUCGUGAGGAAAAUGGGCAUGGAGUUCGAGAAGUCGAAGCGCGGGGCUAAAGGAAUGAGCCCGGAACUGGCGCUACGCCUGGCCCAUGAAGCUAUGACGAGUGCCGUAUCGACGCAAGGUGACCCGUUCGUGACCCUAGGACAAGCGAGGACCAAGAUGGAUAUGGCCACAGUUUUGCCAUCGGCUCCCCUGAAGCUGAUAGACGAAUUAUUAGAGUCGACAGUGAUGGAGUUCGCCCGUCGACGCGUGCACGUUUUGCUACGCGACGUGGAAAGCCUCGUGCGGUCUAGGGCGGCGCAUGCCUUCUUCAACUUCAGACAGGGAGCUGACAAAAGGCGCGGGUCAAAGAAAAAGCCCCGCUGGUCAGCCAAAGUCGCGUCGGAGCUUACUCAUCGUUUCGCGACCGCUCGCAACGCUUCUUUGGGAUUCGGCGAGAUCACGAACAUUGCUCCCGACACCGAAGCGGACAUCGACUUCAAGAGCAUAAAAGAUCGACCACCGACACCGGUGCCAUCAAAAACAAAACUGGCAGAGGUGACUUUCUUGGAUAAAAUCGAAGACUUACCAGUGCCAGUUUCCGUGCCAAGCCAUUUACCCGAACGGAAAAAGUUACUGGAGAUGGUCAACUUAGCGGCCAGAAUUUUGUCACGUUCGGUCAACCAGAAAGUUAUUAAAGGCAUGGACCUUACUCUUGGCAAAGUGACACUACCCCGACUGAGAGUAUCAAUGGAGUGGGGCGAGGCGGUCGAGUGCCUGGCCGGCGCGGCGGUGGACUGCCGCGUGUACGGCGACGCGCCCGAGCUGCGCCACGUGGGCGACUUCCUGGCGCGCAGGGUGCUCGGCUCGCUGCAGGCCGAGAUGAAGCGGAGCAAGCAGAAGAAAUCAAGUCCAACAGAGUCGGAAGGGGACUUUUACGAUCCGGAAAAAGUGGUCGCAGAC